UCAUUCAGUUUCUACCAGACAACCGAAUAACACACAACAAAAUGAAAUUCUUCAUUGUUUUCGCUGCUCUCUUCGCUGUCGCUUUGGCUGCUCCCGCUGAACACGGUGCCGAAAUUGUUAGACAAGAAUCUGAUGUUCAACCUGAAAGCUACAGCUUCCAUGCUGAAACCUCCGAUGGCACCGUCAAGUCCGAAGAAGGUAAAUUGAAGGAUGUUGGUUCCGAACACGAAGCCAUCGUUGUUCACGGUUCUUACUCCUGGGUUGAUGAGAAGACUGGUGAGAAAUUCACCGUCACCUAUGUUGCUGAUGAAAACGGUUUCCAACCCGAAGGUGCUCAUUUGCCCCAACCCCAACAUUAAGUUUUUGU